AUGGCACUCUCCAUAUCCCGGUUAUCAUUCGAGCACCAUCGCGAAGCUAUAGGUAUUGCCGAAGCGUCACCACGCAUCUCAUGGCGGUUUCACGGCACUGAGAUCAACUGGACGCAGGGCAGCUAUGAGCUGGAAGUCAGUCGCGGAUCUGCACCACCACAAGUAUAUGCAGUCAACUCGAGCGAGUCUGUCCUCGUGCCGUGGCCCGACAAGCCACUGCACUCGGCAGAGCAGGCCAGAGUGCGGGUUCGAUCUCACGGACAGCAAGGCCAGUCUUCAACUGCCUGGUCCUCUGUUGUCGAGGUCGAAACUGGUCUUCUCGAGGAGUCAGACUGGGGGGCUGCGGUUCCCAUCGCGGCCGAACGCGAGACAGAGGUCGAUGGGCCGAAACGACCUAUCUAUUUCCGGCGUUCCUUUACUAUAGAUCAGGAUGUUGUCGCGGCGGGGCUUUACAUCACCGCGCUGGGUCUGUACGAGGCGGAGAUUAAUGGGGUGUGUGUGGGUGACCAAGUGCUCGCACCAAGCUGGCAAUCAUACAACUUCCGCCAUGCUUAUGAUACGCAUGAUGUGACAGAUCUGGUGAAGCGGGGUGCGAAUGGGAUCGGUGUGGUGGUGGGCGAGGGCUGGUUCUCUGGAAUCUUGACUGCAGCGGGCAACUAUCGCAACAACUACGGUGACAAGCUGGGCCAUCAGGCUCUGCUGGUGGUUACGCUGCUGAAUGGCAGCAAGGUCGAGAUUCCCACGGAUACAGAAUGGCAGGCGAAUACAGGCCCUCUGGCUCGCAUGAAGGGUUGGUCUACGGGGAGAUUCAACUCUAGCAAUUGGUUGCCAGUCAAGGAACUGGGCCCAUUGCAAGGCACCUUGAUCCCCCUUGACGGACCACCAGUUAAACGCACCGGGGAAAUUCAACCCCAGCCCAUUUUCCAAUCGCCCUCAAACAAAACACUGAUCGACUUUGGGCAGAACUUGGUCGGCUGGGUCCGCUUGACAGUGGCCGGUCCGGCCGAUACAAAUAUCACCCUGCGACAUGUUGAGGUUCUGGAUAACGGCGAGCUGGCCUUGCAUCCGCUUCGUCGGGCGUCUACAACCGACUGGCUCGUUCUCCAUGGCAAUGGGACGCAAACCUGGGAGCCACGGUUCACUUACCAUGGAUUCCGCUACCUGCAGGUGGACGGGUGGCCGGCGUCGACUCCGUUGAACGGAGAUUCAAUCCAAGCCAUAGUGGUGCACACUGACAUGGAGAGAACAGGAUGGUUCCGGUGCUCGAACGAGCUGCUCAACAAACUGCACGACAAUGUCGUAUGGUCGAUGAGGGGAAACUUCGUCUCUUUUCCAACGGACUGUCCCCAGCGAGACGAACGACUAGGUUGGACGGGGGAUGCCCACGCAUUCGGGCCCACCGCCAACUACCUGUACGAUGCUGCUGGGUUCUGGCGCGGCUGGCACCGGGAUAUCUGGUCGGAGAUGCAGCGCGAGAAUACGAUGUUCGUGCCGUUCUUCGUCCCUGUUAUCCCGCCUGAGAUCGACACAACCAAGUGGAACCCGUCCAAGCCCUCGGCAAUCUGGGGUGAUGUGGCUGUAGCUGGCCCUUUCAAUCACUAUCAGGCCUUUGGAGAUAAGGGAAUGCUGCGUGAGCAAUAUCAGCAGGCUCGUGCAUGGAUCGACUCGGGUAUCCCGCGGGAUGUGUCGAGUCUCUGGCGACGAAACAACGCCUAUCUAGUUCAAAUGACCGAAUACAUCGCUAGCAUGUCGCUUGCCCUGGGCAACCAAGAAGCCGCCGAGACAUACACCAAGCAGCAUCAAAGCCUCGUCGAGGCCUUCCAAACAGCAUGGAUCUCCAACGGCACGAUGGCCAACCAGACGCAAACCGCAUACGCCCUAGGCCUGCAAUUCAACCUAUUCACCAAAAUGCAGCAACCCUCAGCAGUAUCCACCUUACGCAACCUCAUCGCAGACAACGAAUACCUCGUGGGCACCGGAUUCGGCGGCACACCCGCGCUGGGCUUCGCGUUGGCCGCCAACAACGCCACGGAAGAUUUCUACCGCAUGCUCUUGCAAACGCAGGUCCCCUCUUGGCUCUACCAGGUAGUCCAAAACGGCACCACGACCUGGGAGCGCUGGGACAGUUUACUCCCCGACGGCAGAGUGAACCCCGGCGAAAUGACCAGCUUCAAUCACUACGCGUUCGGGGCUGUGGCGGACUGGAUGCACCAGGUCAUCGGUGGUCUAGCACCCGCAGAGCCCGGCUGGAAGCGCAUUGCCAUUGCUCCGGUCCCUGGCGGGAACAUCACCAGUGCCGAGGCUCGGUAUCUCAGUCCCUAUGGGGAUGUUCGCGCGCGGUGGUGGAUCGACACCCGAGGACGGCUCAGGUUGAGUGUGCAUGUGCCGCCGAAUAGCCGCGCGACGGUGACUUUGCCGUUUAGCAAGACGGUGAGGGAAGUGGGAUCUGGGCAGCAUGAGUUUCAGGAUACCAAGUAGGGGCAUUUAUGUAGGAGGGGAGCAAUCUGCGUUUCGUGC